AUGAUCUUCAAGAACCUUAGAGAGUACCUGGCCUGGCUGUACUACCAGUACCUGCUCAUCACCGGCAUCUAUGUCCUGGAGCCCUGGGAAAAGUCCAUUUUCAACUCCAUCCUCUUCUCCGCCAUCGCCAUGGUCAUCUACACCUCGUACGUCUUUGUGCCCGUCCACGUGCGCCUGGCACUGGAGUUCUUCUCCGGGGUCUUCGGCGGCCAGACCAAGAGCACCAUGACGCUCAUGAACUGA